AUGAUUGGCUUCCGAUGCCUCGGCCCUGGUGGCUCGGCAGCCAGAGCCUCGACUGCGCGCAUACGGUCUACGGCCGACGCAGCGCAGCGGAUAGCGCCUUUCGCAGAGUGCUCGUAUCGUCUCUGGCGUCCCCCGUCCCAAGAGCAGGCUUCGGCCGCUGCUCCACCUCCACAAUGCUCGAGAUGCUUUUCGACCGUCGCCCCCGUCAACAGGGCCCAUACCGGGUCUCCGCAUGUAUCCAUCUCGGUCGAUCAGCAUGGCAUCGAGUCAAUAUUCCACGAUCCGCCUUCAGCUCGACCAAAAGCGAAGCGUCUCCGACCUGUAUCGGCCCUGCCGUCCGACAGCGCAACCUCCGACGUCGACGCUAAGGCACAACAAUCCCAUCCGCCACUCUCGCAUGCGGCCUCACGUCCAAACUUGCACCUCAAGGAUGCCCCUGUACAUGUCCCUGCUCGUCUUCCGCCCACGCCCCCGCCAGAUCACCCAGUAUCAACUCGUACAAAGUACCUGGCUGCCAGGCCAUACUCUACCCUUUCGUCCCAGCUGCUACUCGACUAUCUGACUACAUCCGAUUCAGACAUCUACGAACGCGUCAAAUCACAGCUGCCAUCUGGCUUCCGUCGCAUUGACGCCUACUUGCUGUUACGCGAGCGCGACCCGCAAAGGCUGUCAGCAUUGUCCUUUCGCGACAUCCGUUACCUCGUCUCCAAAGUUGGAUAUGACAACCUCGGCGGUGUCCUUGUUUUGCUUCUCGAAGACAUCAUCGGUACCGGACCGUCCACGCCAGGCGCAAAACCCGGCUACUUUCAGAUCCGUCCUGGAACCGAGGAGCGCUACAAGCUGCUUCGAGAGAUUCUCGUCCGCUCCAAUCGCUCCAAUCUGAACGACUUUCUCCUCCACGAUGGUGCUGCUCUCAACGUCUUCAUGCUGAUGCUCGACGAUCUCGUCCAGCUGCGUCAAUCUGCAAAAGGCGAAGAUGCCAAUCCGUCGCUCAGCCUGCCCUCAUCGAUUACGGAGGAGACGUCUCUGCAUAUCCCAACCAACUUUCCAGUCGGCGAGACCCGACGCCUCAUCAAGCUUGCUAUCCACCUGCACAGACCCGAGCUCGCUCCCAUCAUCAACGCCCUGCGCACCCACCUUGAAGCUCACACACCUGACUUUCCUAGCGCCCGGGAAGGCUCCCAAUUGAUUGCAUACUACCUUCAGCCCAACGUGCGCGAUUUCGCCGCCGCUCUUGAUGUGGUGCGCGCCCUUAGGGACACCAACGCUCUACCGCAAGAGGUCGUCGACGAUGCUGUCCAAGACGGAAAGACGUAUCUCGCUAGUCUUGAAGGCACGUUCGCAUCCCUUCCCGAUGAGACACAGUCGAGACCAUCUGAAGAGGAACUGCAGCAGAUCUGCAUGGACGUCACGCUUCGCAUCAUUGCCAUGAAGAGCCUCAUGGCACAUCGGCCCAAAGGAGGCGUUCAGUAUCGCAAAGCAUUCGAGAGUCUUGUCGCCAGCUUUCGACUCGACUUGAUCGACACCUACCAAGGUUCUGGCCGUCACGACUUGGGCUCCCUUCUAAACGUGCCGAUGCGUAGCAUCCGCGCCGUCUUCUUGCACUUAGUCGGUUAUAAUGAAGCGUCCUGCUUGACGGAGGCUUUGUUCGUCCUGCAGCGCACCGACCAGCGUCUCGUGGCAUUGUUGCCAAACACGGAUCUGCAGGCAUUUUGUGAUGCUGCCAAGACCACCAACUCCUCAAGCUUGAUCACGGAAAGCUUCGCCUACUUUGUCAAGGCCAAGACAUCUUCUGCAUCGACUCUCGGCUUGCCACCCGACGCCAAACAUUUUCUAGCGCGCGACGGAUUCAUGGUGGACGCCGACACCUUUCUUGGAAUCAUGCGAUCGCUCAUUUCGAAUGGGCAGAAGGUGACUAUUGCUGCCCUGAUAAGGGCCCUCCACGUGCUACCCAUGAACGACGCUUCGGUCGCGCAGCUCAAUCUGCGUUUCUCCGCAGGACAACGUUCUCGGCUGAUCGCUCUCCUGGCAAGUGCAGGAUUGGUGGACGAGGCUUUUCUGCUGUUCCAGUACUGGAGCUAUCGGCGGUACGAAGCAGGCUCCGAGUUGUCUCCAUCCGCUUUCAAAGCGGUCAGCCUUCGUGAUGCAUUUAUCCGAGUCGACGAUCCCCUCAUCGAACGCCAAAUUCGUCUCAUGCACGACGUCGACCGCCAAGUUGCCACUUCCGCAGAAUGUCUCGUUGCGCUCGUGAGAAGCAUCUGCCGUCAUCCUUCGGCCAUGAUCCCGAGACGCGCAUCUGCGGCAUCGUCGCACGAAGAUGCAUUGCACGUCGCGCAAACGCUGCCCGACCAGCUCGAGAAGGCUCGUUUCGUCAUCAAUGUAUUCAAAGAGGCGUGCACUUCCGUGGACUGGACGCACUAUCGCCUCAACGCCUUAGCACAGGCAUGCUUCGUUGCCAAAGAUGUGGUCGGUGCAUUCGAUGCUUUUGCCAAGUUCAGUUUCCUCCGAGAGAUUCCUGAUCACGUAGACAUUGACGUUCUCAUGGGAGGUCUCGUGGAGCUCGAUGCAGACAAAACAGUGGACCUUUUCAUCAGACAUUGCACCGCUCCGCUCACGCUGCCAGAAAAAGAGAGAGCGGGAAAAGGCCAUGCGCAAGAACACUCAGGUGACGGGAUGAAUAAAUCGCCGACACUCGCCCCUAUGCGGCCGACACCGCGCCUGACCUCGACGUUGAUCUCGAGAGCACUGGCUCAGAAUAGGAUGGAUCUGGUGGACCGACUCUAUCGAUUCAGCGAAUCGAUCGGUAUCGCAUCACGCCUAGGUUAUGAAAGCUCGACGCGCUCCCUGUUCUCCGACGAUUUGCCUCCGGGCAAGGUCCGAGGCCUGGUUCACCGCAUGGUCGAGGCCGGCUCGAUCCCACAAGGCGUUCUCCUGGAGAAUCUUGCGCGACGUCUCGUCCGGAGAGCCGUGCCACCGAGCUUGGACGUUACAAACCAUCGUGGUCUGGGCAGGAAAGGGCACGGUACAACGGGCAAAGUCAUGAUUCCCCCUGCCAAAGAUCGUCUGCUCCUUUUUCAAAGCGCCUGCUAUCUUAUGCGAGUCAGCGCGCGUCAGCAGGAUGCGGUCAAUCUGUUCACGGUCUCUGAAGCUCUCGACGCCGUGCUGCGCGAGAGCCAGCGCUCUGGUGGAUUGACGGCUGUUUUGCCGAAUACCUCGAACGGCGACAUGGCCAGCAAAGCGAUCCUCCCGCCGGCUCGAAGCAACAGGCAGCGAUCGAAGGAAGAGCGACGCUUGCAAUGGAUCGCAGCUAUCGAUUCCAUCGUGCAUUUGCUACGAUGGACCAAAUUCUUCGACAAAGGCGAUGACAUGCGACUCGGCAUGCCGUUGUGGAAGUCCAGUGGUGUGGGUAAUGGUCAGCUCGUCUCAUCAGAGAUAGAUGACCUCUUGGAUCUCGGUUUCGUCGGCAGCCGUAAUCAGCGAAGCCGAGCCCAGACCACGGCAGCUGCCGCGGCCACGAUGCCGAUGUCCGCAGAGUCAGCAUCUACGGAGGUGGCGGACGGGACAGACAAAGACAUCGAUGCUUCGGAAACUGUUGACACUGAUGGAGUCAUCCAGCGGUUCGCACAGCGCUCACCGAACGUGCUACCUGCCGACCUGUUUUGUCGUUUGACCGAGACGUAUCUGGCAUUGGGAGACGUGUCGGGUGCAGCGGAAGUGGCAUCAUGGAUGCGCGACGAGGCCAAGAUCGACCUCGGCCGCCUUGGAGAGGAUACAGCGCACUUUGUGAGCCGCAUCAAGGCAGCAGUGCUGGAGUGUGGCCACAAGCAGAGCGCAGCUGAAGGAGGGAUCACUCACGACUCCAAGGGGACCGAGGGCAGUCGGAUUCUGCGCAUGCUGGCUGGACAGCAGAACACGGAACGCACCAAGCGUUGGUGGUCGCCCUAG